UCUAAGAAUCAGUAGCCGCUGCUACCACCUUCCACAUGGUCCAACAAGUAACUAACCUUCCCUUUCUCUCGAGGGAAUUCACAUCCCAAAUAAUAAAUUCUCUUGAUCUUGGGGACCAUUAAAGCAGCACUUUUCCAUGAACUAUCCAUAAUUCGAAGCUUUUGAAGCCAUGUUCCAUUUGGGGUACUUGAUAUGGUAAAAGAGAACCAAACUUGUCCUUAGACCAAACAACAAAUCUUCAUUUUCAAUUCUUUGCUAUUUCUCUUGCUUCCAAUGACAACAUCACCAUGUCAAUGUUCCAUUUGAUAUAUGCCAUCUGGGGACUCUCGUCUCUCAGCUGCUUCAUAGUUGUGGUUUGUGCUUCAUGGUGCCCAUAUCAAAUUUUUCAACAAACCAAUCAACGAUUUCAGCAGAAAACUGAAAAGUUUUGGGUGUUCAGUCAACAAACUCAAACAUGGGUUGAAGCAAAACUGCCCUAUGAUCUUCUCUCUUGUGUGAAUGGUGAUUGUAGAAAAGUGGGUUCAAUACUUCAGACAGAGAAGGAGACUACAGAACAAGUGUUGGAGCUUGAGCAUAAACUUGAUGAACAAAAGAAAAGUGUUGAAAAUAAUAAGGAUAGUAACAUGGAAGCAGAGGAUGUGGUUCUGCCCCAGAGGAAGAGAAUUUCAUUGAUUAAAAUAUCUGAGACAUCUGUGUGGAUCACUGGUCAAAGUGGUUCUAUCUAUGAGAGGUUUUGGAAUGGAAUGGAAUGGGUGAAUGUUCCUCAUGACUUACCCGUAUCAGCAGGACAUGCCAUAUCUGUUUUUGUCAUCAAUCAAACGAUUCUUGCUCUAUCAGAAUCAGGAAAUCUGUAUCAGAUACAAGUGCAAUAUGGUGAAAGCUCACAACCAGUUUGGGUUGAAUUGACACCUACUGAUGAGGACAAAAAUCUUUUGAUGAUGAAGUCUGGAGUUGCUUCACACGAUGGGGGAAGAGUCUAUUUCUGUACAAAGAAGGGAACACUAGUAGAACUUGCUUGGGUUGAGCCCCCAAGAUGGAUAAAUCAUGGCCAACCAGCUGGAGCAAAUUUAACAGCAAUAGCUGAUGCUGCUUCAACAAGAGAAGUGGUAUAUACAAUAAGUUCUGCUGGAGAUCUUUAUGAAUAUGACAGAAAGUCAAAACCAUCAUGGAAGAGGCACAUAUGGCAAGAAAGAAAAGCACAAGCUGCACCUUUGAUGCCAUCUAAAGGGUGCAGUGUACCUGGAUUGAGUGGUGACCAUUCUGAAUCUCUGUUCCUUUUAACAAAGGAAGGCACUUUGGUAGAGAGAAGGUUACAUCAAAGGAAGUGGAAAUGGGUAGUCCAUGGAAGUCUCCAAGAUCAAAAUUUAACAUCCAUUACACCAGCUCUUCAAGAUGAAUCAAGUGAAACAUCAUCCAUUUCCUUAUUCUUCACUACAUCAUAUGGCUCUGUCUUUGAAUAUCGAAUUCCAAAACAAUUAGGCCUUGUUCCAAAUAAUCAAUUUCCAGGAGCAUGGAAAAAUCAUCAGCAUCCUCUCCAUGCAAAAGCUGCAAGAGGUAUAUCUGGCUUACAAUUAUACAGUGGCAGGAUACUGUUUCCACUAGAUGAUGGCAGACUUGCAGAGUUACAUCCACUAGGACUAGGUGGUGAAAGUUCAGGGCCAUCUCAGCCACAAAGCAUCCGAAGGAAAGCAUCAACCAAAUAUGUUUGGUCAAUAUUGGAUGUGCCAGAGAGUGAAGGAUGGAAUGCAGAAUAUUGCACAGAAGAACGUGGCCCCAACAAUUGUCUCACAGGCAUAACAGAUGAGUCAGAAGAUUCAGUAAUAAGUUUAGUAUCAGGUAGUAGGAGAAAGCAAAACCAAGCACAGAAUCAUUAUUUAUCAGUAGGAGCUUCAGGUGGUAGACUGAUACAAUCUUCAGAAGAGUACAAUACACUAGAUAACUGGAUUAGUGGCAACUUUCGCCUGAGAUUGAUGGAUGAAGGGAAGUCAUUUUUCUUAAUAACAGAUCAUGGUUUGGUUUUUGAGUACAUCUGCAUUGAGAGUGCAUGGAUAUGGCUGAGGCAUGAAAGCUCAACAGCUAUGAGAGGUAUAUUGAGUAACUAUAAUGGAAGCUUAUUCAUGGUUAAUGCACAUGGGAAUCUGCUCCUCAGAGAAAGAAGUGGCAAGGAGUUAUCAUGGAGGAAUUGCACUGCUGUGAGGAAAGGAAGAAAUGUUAUUGGAGGUCAACCUUGGGAUGGAUUACCAGGCCAAGAAAAGGUUGCAACUGAAGAUACACUCUUCUUUGUGAGCAAAAAUGGAAAACUAAUGAAGUUAAUGGUUUCCAUGAAGAAGUUGAAAUGGAAAGAUUGCAGAAACCCUCCAGAUGCCAAGGUGGCAUGUAUAGUAGACCAGGAACUGUUCAGGAAAAAUAUAGUGUUUGUCAUUGGAAGAAAUGGUCGCCUAUAUCAGUAUAACAAAGUGACUGAUUUGUGGCAUGAACAUUACCAUUCUCAGCAUUUGGUUCUAUCACAGUUUCCUGGAACAGUUAUAAGGCCAUCAUUAAAAACACUCUCAGGUUCCCUCUUCAUGCUUUCAAGAGAAGGUGGCCUUGUUGAAUAUCAAUGGAGCUCAUUAUAUGGAUGGAACUGGGUGGAACAUGGAACACCCAACAGAGGUGUAACACUUGUUGGUUCACCUGGUCCAGGCUUUGAAGGCAAUCAAUUAUUUUUGAUAGGCUCAGAUGGAAAAGUAUACCUUAGAUACAUGGACAAAAAGGCCUGGAAGUGGAAGGAUUGUGGUUUUCCCUAUGUAGGAAAUAAUCUGGUUGAAGCACCUAGACACGGAGGAUUCCAAAAGGACAAAGUAGAUUGUAUUGAUGAAGAUUCAACAUCAUACUUGAAGAAGUACCAAGGAAAAAUUGGUGACCUGAACAUUAAAUGUGACUCAAAGGUGGCACCUACAAGGCCAAUUCCAUUUUCUGAAGCUUCUGUAAUAUUUGAACUCAGAGAUGGCAGGUUGGCAGAAAUUCAAUUGGUAGAGAAGACAGAAUGGGUGUGGUCCCGGAUCAUUGGCACUCCAGCUAGUUUAUGCUUAGAAAAUUAUUGGAGUACUGUAGCAUACAACCUUUCAUGAAUUUAAUACUAAUGUAUUAUUGGAGUAGAAAAUAUGUAAACUGUCAUUCAAUAACGUGUUAUUAAAUUAUUUAAUAUUUUUAUUUAUUUA